AUAGCAUUAUGUCAAGGUCACAAUCUGUGUAGCUACGGACCUGUCGAUUUUCCUACGACCACCAUAACUCCUUCAAAAGAUGACGUUCAACUUUCAGAAAUCUUCCAGAGAAUAUCUGCCAUGAUUCCUAACUUGAUCUUGACUGACAUUGACAAAGCAUCUAGUGCCAGGAGUAGCAGAGGAACCAUAAUCCAUCCAAAGCCCGGCUACUGUAUUGGAGACAAUUUAAUUGUCCAGAUUGACAUGUUUGACUAUUUGGGUAACAAGAAAACCUAUGGAGGAGACUUCAUGACAGCAAGAAUCUUCACACCCCAUCUCAAAGCAGCAGCAUCAGGAAAAGUUGAAGAUUUUAACAAUGGAACUUAUCAUGUCCAUUUCACCUUGUUUUGGGAGGGGAGAGUUUAUAUUUCUAUUGUGCUCUACCACCCAAGUGAAGGGGUUGCCGCUCUGUGGAGAGCGAGGAACAAGGACUACGGUCUUGUAUACUUCACUGGGACCUUUGUGAAUGGAGAUCAACAAGUCAAAAGUGAAUGUGGAUUCAAGCUGAAUUUUGAUAAAAACAUAUGUGAAUAUGGCAAUAAGAAAGACCGUGAAGCCUUUUACUGCUACAAACCCGAUUCUGUGAGUUGUGAGUCAUUAGCUUUUCUACAGUCCUCCAAUAGGGAUCUCUCAUUCCUUACACCACUUGAAAAGAUUCUACUUAAAAGAGAAAACGUUGCCAUAGAAAUUCCCUCAAACCCUCAAUAUAUUGAUGUGCAGAAGUGUAGCAUGUCCUCUUCAUUGACUCUGGAACACUGUAAGAUUGGAAUAGAGUCUCCCUUUCCCAGCGGUUUUGUGCUACAAAAUAGAUGGAAACCUGUGUUUUGUAGCAUCUUCAACUUUAGUUCUCUUGAGCACAAGUACAAAUGUUUAAGGGACAAAAUGAUCUACUUCAUGGGAGAUUCAACCAUACGACAAUGGAGUACAUAUCUAGUACAUACCUUUAAAGGUCUCAAGACCUUCAAUCUACACAGAGCUGGAAUGGAGACACUGAUGGUAGCUGUAGAUCAAGAAAGAAAUAUUCAUUUACAGUGGAAAAAGCACAGUCAUCCAAUUGUUGCACAUUCUUCCUACUUGAUCAAAGAUGAUGCUUAUGUCCAUGAGCAGAUCGACCGACUAUCCGGAGGCCCCAAUUUUGUCAUUGCCAUCUGUUUGGGUCAACACUUCAGACUUUUCCCAGUCCAGCUUUUCAUUAAGAGAAUUCUUAAUGUACAGAAAGCUUUAAAUCGUCUCUUUUUGAGGAGUCCCGAUACAAAAGUCAUCAUCAAAACCGAAAAUACUAGAGAGGAAAGUAAUGAUGUAGAGAGAUUCAGUGACUUUUAUGGUUAUAUCCAAAAUGUAAUAGUGAAAGACGUUUUCAGAAAUCUUCCUGUUGCUGUAGUUGAUGCUUGGGAUAUGACCAUUGCUUACAAUACACACAAUGUUCAUCCUCCAGAACAUGUCAUCCAGAGUCAGAUAGAUAUGUUUCUAACAUAUAUUUGUUAAUUUUACUGAGGAAAUAUUCAAUGUUUAUCUUUAGCUAGUUGUCUUCUACCAUAAAUCCUUUGUUAGAUGUAACUGGUAUCUUGGGGUUUAAGCAGAUCGGUAGCUGGGAUGAAAGACAUACUAAAAGGAAGAAUUUCAAAUGUUUUUGGAACAACUAAGAAUAUAAUUCCAGGUUUAUUUCUCAUAUAGGAAGCUGUCAUGGAUCUGGCUAAAGGUGGAGGUCUUGCUAAGGUGUGACAUUCUACACCUAACCUAACCCAUACACAUAAGGCCUCCAUUUGUAAAAAGGACACACAAUACUAAGUGAAGAAGGGUAAAUAAGAUCAGAUACUUCCCUAUACCUGCUUAGUUGGGUGAAUACAAAUCUUUC